ACAACAAUAAUCAAAAUGUUCAAAUUCGUCGCUUUUGCCGCCGUUUUGGCUUGUGCUUCCGCCGCUCCCGGUUACAUAGCCGCUCCAGUGGCCGUUUCCCACCAGAGCACAGUAGUAAGCCACUCUGUACCAGUUGUCAAAGCUGCUCCAGUUGUUGCUGUCCACGCCGCCCCAGUCGUACAUGCCUCCCCAGUGGUAAUCAAAACUCCAGUCGUUCAUGCCGCCCCCGUCGUUGUCAAGACUCCAGUUGUACACGCCUCUCCAGUCGUUGUCAAGACCGUAGCUGCUCCAGUCGUACACGCUUCCCCCGUCGUUGUUAAGACUGUCCACGCUGCUCCUCUGGUCCACACCGUGCCAGUUUUGAAGACUGUUCACUCUGCUCCUCUUGUACAUGUCCACUAGAUUUUAUCAGAAAUAAAUAAUUUAUUA